CGAGAUUUCAUUCAGCAUUUCCUAUCCCCCACGCGGCACGCACUACAUCGCGCCGACGCCAUUACUGCUCACUGACUGCUUUACUGUAAUUUUCGGGAGAAGACGUUUGGUGUCAGUGUAACCAAGAAAGUAAAGGACGGUCUUGGAUGUUGAUGCAGUGGAGCAGAAAUUGGCAGACCCCACCUUCCAGAAACAAGUGGUGUGUUCUAACAUAACCAUUUAGUUGCUGUGGUGUCAGAAAUUGGAGGCAGUACUGUGGAUGAAGCAACGAGAACAAUGAGGGCCUUCCUUUUGUAUCACCCCUUAUCAAGAGAGUUCAAUUUUGUUGGCAGGCAUGGAAAGUGAGAGUUUCGGGGGCUCAAACUGCUUGAGGUUGUAUAAGGAAGCUUGAAAAAAAUUCUCUUAACCAAAUUACCAGAAAAGAGGCAGAAAACUCAGCGUCAAAGUGGCUAAUCGGUGACAGGAGGAAACCGUUCUGUGAGGUCACGUAGUAGAGAGCAAGAUAGGUGAGUCUAGUCAUAGAUGUGACCUGGCACAGCCUUCCAGCAAAAUCAAGUCUGUCUAGAUUGUCAAACGAAGGGAGAGCUUUUUCUUGUGAGUCCAGUGAAGUGCAAACAACUCAUAUUGUAUCUCUCUGAAACCUAAAAAGGAUUAACAUCCUGGUAUGAGUAAGACGUCUGUUUGUGGUGGCAGACAUGAACUGGUUGUCCCUACAGGUCCUGCUUGGCGGGGUAAGCCAAUACUCCACAAUCUUUGGACGUGUCUGGCUAUCUGUGGUGUUUGUCUUCCGUAUCCUGGUGUUUGUGGUGGCUGUUCAGCAGGUGUGGAAUGAUGAACAGAAAGACUUCAUCUGCAACACCGCCCAGCCGGGUUGUACUAACGUUUGCUAUGACAAUUUUUUCCCCAUCUCCCACAUCCGUCUAUGGGCUCUCCAGAUCAUUUUUGUCACUUGCCCGUCUCUCAUGGUGGUCGCUCACGUCAAGUAUCGUGAAAUGAAGGAUCAAAAGUACACCAAUGUCCACAAGGGUGAACACCUGUACGCCAACCCAGGAAAGAAGCGUGGAGGGCUGUGGUACACCUACAUACUCAGCCUGGUGUUCAAAGCCGGCUUUGAUGCAGCCUUCCUCUAUAUUUUGUACAUAAUUUAUCAAUUCGACAUGCCAAAUGUCACAAAAUGUUCUGUGGAACCUUGUCCAAAUACAGUUGACUGCUACAUCUCCCGUCCCACAGAAAAAAAAAUCUUCACCCUCUUUAUGGUGGUCACCUCUUCGGUGUGCAUCUUCAUGUGUAUCUGUGAGAUUUUCUAUCUGCUUACCAAAAAAGUUCGCAAGUACCUGCUCAGACACCAAGAACGGAAUACUGUCACAAAUUACAUAAGGGUGGAUCCUACAGCCUCAUCAAACCAGAAUCUCAGCAACUCUGAAAAGGCAAAGGCCACCGCCGGGGAGAAGGAUUCAGAACCGGCAUAAAUAUAGUCUGAACUGACUGUGACACAAUCAAGCACAAUAAACACCAAUAAGACACACUGGAUCUUGGUUAUAAUAUAGAUAAUCCAGUCAUGCCAUUUUUUUCUUGUAGGUAAUCACUUAAACGGAAAGUGGAAGGUCGUUAGGGUGGUACUCUUGAGUCUCAUUCAGUAAAGAGCACACUGCCCCCUAGUGUACAGAAAACAAAACCCUUUCAGAAAACAACAUGGUGGGGAGGAGACUGUAGUUAGCAUCCUACCCCUGACCUAAUAUAAUAAAUGAAUAAGUGUCCACAGUCAUUAAAGUCUGAGCUCAUCCACAAAACACUGGUUAACAGUACACUAAGAGAGACCCUUGAAAGCUGGAUUGCACUAAAUUUGGAUAGUCUUUGCAAAUCAAUACUUUUAUGAUUUGCUCAAAAACUUCAUGUACAUGCACUGUGUAGUAAUAUUGUUUACAGAAAUCAUGUUUUCAAAUAUCCCACUGCAAGUGUGCCCUAUAUUUUCCUGUAUAUUGUAUUUGUCCUUGUUUAUUUUGCACAUAUGUAUUUCAAAGUAAAGCACUAAUAUGUAAUUCUAAAUAAAGCAUAAAUAAGUACUCCAUAUCUGAACAUAAACAUAUAUUUCUAUUUCUAAAUAUUCACUAUUACAUUUCAUGGAAUAUGGCAAAACGUACAUUUAUUAAACAUAUAUACUUAUGUAAAUUGACCAAUUUUGCAGAGUCAGUUAGAAAUACCAAGGGUUCACACAAAACAAGGGGAGUCUGCUUUUAGCUAUUAUGCCGCCCGCAGUUGGAACCAGCUUCCAGAAGAGAUCAGAUGUGCUAAAACAGUAGCCACAUUUAAAUCCAGACUUUAAAUCUGUUUAGCUGUGCAUUUGUUAAAUUAGCACUGUGCUACAUCGGAACUGAUUGCACUAUGUAUAAUCAUUUUCUAUUCUUAACUGUUUUAAAUUAUUUUUAAAUCAGUUUUGAUAUAAUUUUGUUUUAUUUUUUUAAUUCCUUGUUUUUAUUGUUGUGAUUAUUAUUAUUAUUAUUGACUAUUUCACUUCCUUUUAUGUAAAGCACUUUGAAUUACCACUGUGUAUGAAAUGUACUAUAUAAAUAAACUUGCCUUGCCUAAGAGUUGUAGAUGUGUACACCCUGAAUAAAUUCAAA